GGAAGUGUGUAGGCGGAGAGGUUGGGGCACCAAAGCGAACAAGGCGGAGAGAGCCGAGAGAGGGAGUGGUCCUCGCUCCAGCUCUCCCCGCCCACCCUACUAAAACUACGUCCUGAUUGGCUUCGAGGCCGCAGGGCUCAGGUUACAUUCGCAAGAGUUGCAGAGCGCGGGAGACCGGACCCAAGAGGAGAGAGGCUGAUUCUGCAAAGGUUCUGUUCUGGUCGGGGAGUGCUGGACAGCUCGUGAGCUACCACCCAGUAUCAUACAGAUCCACCCCCACUCUGCGCCAGGCUCCACCCCAGCCAAGGACCCUCAAUACCAGCAUGGACUGCUGCACGGAGAGCGCCUGCUCCAAGCCAGACGACGAUAUUCUAGACAUCCCGCUGGAUGAUCCGGGAGCCAAUGCCGCUGCUGCCAAAAUCCAGGCGAGUUUCCGGGGACACAUGGCGAGGAAGAAGAUAAAGAGCGGAGAGUGCGGCCGGAAGGGACCGGGACCCGGGGGACCGGGCGGAGCUGGGGGCGCCCGGGGAGGCGCGGGCGGCGGCCCCAGCGGAGACUAGGCCAGAACUGAACGUUUUAGAAGUUCCAGAGGAGAGAUGAUGCCGCGUCCCCAUUCGCAGUGACAAGACUUUCCUACUGUGUUUGUGAGCCCCUCCUUCCCACCAACCAGCCAGCUUCAGGAGACCUCCCCCACCACUACCCGCCCCGCCGCGUCCUAGAGACUCCCUUGGCUUCGUCGCGGCGUCGCCAAAUUCGUACCCUUUUAGUUAGCUCUCAAGUCUAACGUGGCCCCCUUUUCGCCUUUGCUCCCCACCCUCGUCCCAAAUCCCAGACUCGCAAAAUUGUCCUUUUGCUUCACGCCCACCUGUCCCUGCGCCCAGCAUGCAGCUCUGCCUCCGCAGCCUCGGUGCGCUUCGCUGCGCGUACUGCAGAGGGCGCCCGAAGCGUCGCCCAAGUACUCUCGGGAAAAGAAAAAAAAAAAAGAAGGAAAGCAACCACCAAGUCCUUUCGCUCUGCGGGCAACGAAAGGGGGCGCCCGCGUCUUUGUGCCGUUUCCACCCCAGCCUAGCCUCAACCCCUUAAACCUGGGGCUAGGAAAGAGGGGGAAGAGGGUUUUUAUGGUGUCUGAUGAUGCCCCUUGCUCUGAUGGGAAGGGAAGUCCUAUCCCACACCUGCCUGUCACCCUUUUCCUUCCGAGAGCACCCUGAGAGCAGCCCCUCCCUCUCUCCUUUGUUUAUGCAAAAGCCUCUGAGCGCCUGGAGGCUCAGUAGGAGGAGUCUUCCGCAGCCCUGCCCCCAGAUAGCCCCUUCCCCGCUGGGCUCCUGGGGUUGUGGCUGGAAGGUUUUUAAUCUCUGCGUGUGCAUGUUACCAUACUGGGUUGGAAUGUGAACAAUAAAGAGGAUUGUCCAAGUG